AUGGAGCAGGUGCUCACGCAAUUUAAUCAGCUGAGAAGAGAGAACGAAUUUGUUGGACCCUACGUUGAGAUCGAAUAUUGGAGAAGACAGUUAGCAAAAUUUGCAAGUAUUAUUGAAUUUGUCAAUUCGCCUGAAUGCAGUUUACACCUGCAGUUUUUGAAUAAAGCAAGAUCUCGAUUUGUGAGGAGAAAAUGGAUAAAAAUGGACAACGCUGUUACAGAUUCACGUAAUGAAUGUUAUGACAAUGUUAAGUUUUUGUACGUUUUGGAAAAAUUUUACGAACCACUUUACCGUUGCGACCCCGUUCAAAUAGCCGACUACAUCCCGAGUCUCAUGUACGCCAUCAGGAUGGUCUUUACCACGUCGAGAUAUUUCAAUAACACUGCCAGUGUGACGGCUAUGCUGGUCAAAGUAUCGAAUCAAAUGAUAAACGUUUGUCGCACUUACAUCAACGUAAAUAAAACGAAAACAGUGUGGAUUCAACCAAGAGAUGUGAUUUUGGAAAAGAUCAAGGUUUGUUUGGACCUGUAUUUGAAGUACUAUCAGUGCUUCAAACGGAACCAACAUGCCAUGGAAGAGGCUGGAGAACCGCCUUUCAAUUGUUCUGAGAUGAUGGUCUUUGCCAAAUUUGAAACGUUUAAGAAAAGAUUGGAAGAGAUCGUGGAUGUUAUAAACACAACAGUGAAAUUUUCGAUCUUACACGCUAGCACCAUCGAGAACAUUGACUAUUAUGCCGAAAGGUUUGACGACUUUUACAAAACAAUUUCGACAAAGACGUACGAUGCUUUGAAUCAUCGACAAGACUAUUUUGACAAGGACUACGCGAAAUUCAAGAAAAGCGUAGCAGACACGGAAUGGCAAUUGGAAGAAUUUGUGGGCCAAUCUUUGGAAAAGCUCACAGAUAUUGACAAUGUGCUUAGGCUUCUGAAGAGAUUCGAAAAGCUCCAGUUAGAGUGCUUACGUUUGGAUGAAAGGUAUCUUGAAGCAAUUGAAAUACUACAAACAGAAAUCGAGUUUUUAAGAGACAAAUACAACGAAGAUAGGCGUGAUCCCAUUUUACCGAGAAAUAUGCCUCCAGUAAGUGGGAGGAUUAUGUGGAUUAGGCAGUUAUACGCGAGAAUGGAAGAACCAAUGGAAAUUUUUAGGCCCAAAACCAGAGUUAUGAGACAUAGGAAAUCUCAAAAAUGUAUCCAGCUAUUUAACGCCUUAGCUUGUGUUUUCGUUCACUACGAACAAGUGUACCAUCAGGGAUGGUAUCGAAACGUCAGCCAGGUUCGGACCGGUUUAAGUUCGCCAGUCCUGGUAAAAGAACCGGGAACCAAAAGAUACAAAGUCAAUUUCGAUCCUUAUAUAAUUGAAUGCAUUAGAGAAGCAGAAUACAUUUACAAAUUGGAAUUAGAAAAUCCCCCUUGUGGUGAAGUCAUUGUGUUCGCUAAAGAGAGAUUGCUAAAUUCGUACGAAUUUAUAAAGGGCCUAGUGAAAAGAAAUAACGAAAUAAGGAAGAGCAUACCAACUUUGUUUAUACCUUUAAUGAGGUCGUCAUUGAUACAGCUAGAAAACGCUUUCAUGCCUGGGUUUUCCACCAUUACAUGGACGUCAAUGAAGAUUCCACAAUUUUGUCAAGAAAUCACCAACGUUUUGGACAAUGUUCAAAUGUUUGUAAAAGAGAUGACCGACAUGAAAGAAGCACGUAUCGACGAAGUAUUGGAAAAUUUAGCUAUCACUAGCCUAGUAUACUUGCCCAACGAGCCAGUAUUGCCUACCGAAUUCGUCGAAUUAAAUCUCCAACACAGGGAGAAAAUUGUUGCCGAAAUCGAAUUGAAAUCGUACAACGUGGAAAAAACAGUGGUAGAUUUAAUAAACAAGUUCUUGUUUAUGAUGAAGGCUCCGGAACUGCAGGAAAACAAAUAUGAGUGGCUGGAACCGGAAAAGGCAGUGAGACCGGUCGGUUCAGCUUCAAAACUUUUAUCGGGCGGAGAAGCUGCGGCUUUUAAAGAAAUUGACAGGAACAUCCCGUUAGAUUUAACAGUCAUUCAUGCUGAUUGUAUUGAACUGUUUGGCUAUUUCAAUAUGAAAUUUAUUGAGGCUUUAGUUAGAUGUACCAAAAUAUCACUGGAAUUACUGAAGAUGAGAGCUACAUUUACGGGAACCUCCGACGAGGAAAAAGUGGCACCGCUCAUGAAAACAUGGAUUGAACUUCAUAUUCCUAUUAACACUAUUAAUCCCACAUUGGAUACGAUACAAAGUUGCUUUGCUCAGGUUCUGAACAACGUACUAGAGACAAUCAAAGAUAUAAACGUCUGGGGAAAGAGAGUAAUAAGUGGGGAAAAGACGUAUGGUGAGAAAACCACAUAUUUAAAAUUAGAACCAAAGAAUUAUUUCAAAUCAGUUUCUGAACAGAAGGAAAUUGUCCGAAUUUUUAUGGGUUUACAAGGUGUUAUGUAUUUAUUGCAGCCAGACGUUCAAAAGCUUUUAAAGAGUUAUCUAUCCUACUCGUUCUUAUGGGUUGAAGAUAGGGAAGAUCAAGUUAGCGCAUUUGCCAACAAAGAUCCGUUAAUAGUAGAAAUUACUGAACAAUUCUGUGAAUAUGAUGCUCGCGCUGAUGAAAUCCGAAAUUUACCAGAAAUACAUGAUAUCGGUGCUAUAAGAGUUAUUAUGGAAAAUUAUAAAUUAGCACUUCUUGUUGAAUCCGAAGCAUGGAAACACCUGCUAGGCAAAUAUUUAGGAGUCAUUUAUAAACAAAAAUUAAAUGACAUGGUAAAUUUCAUUAAAACCCAAGAAAAAACAUUAAGUAGGCCAAUAAAUGAUCUAGAUGACUGCAGAAUUGCCAUGGCGUGUCUAGCAGUUAUUCGAGAACAUUUCAUUGAAAUGGAUAUGGAUCUAGGAUUAAUGGAAGAAGCAUACGCCAUGUUCCUUAGAUUUAAAAUUGAUGUUCCUAAAGAAGAUAUUGACAGGGUGGACACACUGCGCUUCAAUUUUACCAAUAUGAUUAAUCACGCUAAACAAGUGACAGAAGACUUAUGCAUGAAGCAAGGUCCAUUCCAACAAGAACUCAUCCGGGGAGUUGCAGUAUUCAUAGAGGAUGUACAAAAGUUCGACGAAGAUUUCGAAAAUAAUGGACCCAUGAUACCAGGAUUAAGUGCUAGAGAGGCGAGCGACCGAGUGCUAUUGUUCCAAGCCAAAUUUGACGAGCUAUGGGGCAAAUAUGAGAUGUACAGUAGCGGAGAGUCACUCUAUGGAAUGGAGAUACAUGAAUAUCCGGCCCUGCACAAAAGGAAGAAGGAAUUCAAUCUUCUCAAUAAACUUUACGGACUGUAUCUGCAGGUCAAUCACACCAUCGAUGGAUACUUUGAUAUUUUGUGGUCGGAUAUAGACAUUGAAGAGAUUUCCGCUGAACUACUUGAAUUCCAAAACAGGUGCCGUAAACUACCAAAAGCUAUGAAAGAUUGGCCAGCAUUUCUCGAGUUGAAGAAGAAAAUCGACGACUUCAAUGAAACGUGUCCUUUAUUAGAAAUGAUGGCCAAUAAGGCUAUGAAGGAUCGGCAUUGGAAGCGAAUGUCUAAAGUUACUGGUUACCCUUUCGACGUCGAAUCUCCAACGUUUACUCUAAAAAGCGUCAUGGAAGCACCUCUAUUGAAAUAUAAAGACGACGUUGAGGAUAUCUGCAUUAGCGCAAUUAAGGAGAAAGAAAUUGAGGCAAAACUCAAACAAGUCAUAGCCGACUGGGCAGUUGUAGAGUUAUCUUUUGCUACAUUCAAAAGUCGAGGUGAAUUACUGUUAAAAGGUACCGAAACGGGAGAAAUCGUUGCCAUGAUGGAAGACAGCCUUAUGAUUUUAAAUUCCUUAUUGAGCAACAGGUACAACGCGCCUUUCAAAAAAGACAUACAAUUGUGGGUUAACAGAUUGGUAUCGUCAUCAGAAAUCUUAGAAAAAUGGAUGCAAGUACAAAAUCUAUGGAUAUAUUUGGAAGCAGUAUUUGUAGGAGGUGAUAUUUCAAGGCAACUGCCUGCAGAGGCAAAACGUUUCAGUACAAUUGAUAAGACAUGGGUUAGAAUUAUGUUCAGAGCCCGUGAUAUACCCAACGUAAUAGAGUGUUGCACAUCCGACGAAACAAUGAGUCAACUGCUUCCACAUCUUUUGGAACAGUUAGAAACCUGUCAGAAGAGUCUGACAGGAUAUUUGGAAUCAAAGAGACUUAUGUUUCCACGUUUCUUCUUUAUAUCUGAUCCAGUUUUGUUGGAAAUAUUGGGGCAAAGUUCAGACCCACAUUCCAUACAACCCCAUCUUUUAAGUUUAUUUGACAAUGUGGCAGAGGUUGAAUUUCAUCCCGAAAUCUACGAGGAUGUCAUUGCUAUGAAGUCUGACUUGGGUGAAAAGGUACCUCUCGAAAAAUCGGUCCAUUGUGUAGGAGGUGUUGAGAUAUGGGUCACUUCGUUGCUAAAUGUUGUAAGAGACACCGUAAAAACUGUGAUAGCGGGCAUGUGCCAGUGCUUCGUUGAUCCAGAAUACGACUUCAUCAAAGGCUUUGUUAAUUAUUGCGGUCAGGCCGGACUUGUUGGAAUACAAGUUCUCUGGACAAAAGAAGCUGAACUUGCUCUAAAACGCUCUAGGAUAGAUCAUCAAAUAAUGAAGAAUACAAACAAUCGAUUUUUAGAACUACUGAAUCAGCUUAUCGACCUUACAUCCCAAGAUUUAACUAAACUUCAACGUGUGCGAUAUGAAACCAUGAUAACAAUUCAUGUUCAUCAAAGGGAUAUUUUUGACGACAUCGUACGUCUAAGGGUUAGAAGUGAAUUGGAUUUCGAAUGGCAGAAGCAGGCGCGUUUCUACUACUACGAAGACAACGACGAACUUUUGGUUAGAAUAACUGACGUCAUUUUUAUUUACCAAAACGAAUACCUUGGAGUCACCGAACGGCUUGCUAUCACCCCCUUGACCGAUAGAUGUUACAUAACACUGGCUCAAGCUAUUUGGAUGAACAUGGGUGGUGCACCAGCUGGACCGGCUGGAACAGGAAAAACAGAAACAACGAAAGAUAUGGGUCGAGCUCUCGGAAAAUUUGUUGUAGUUUUCAAUUGUUCCGAUCAGAUGGAUUUCCGAGGCUUAGGAAGAAUAUUUAAGGGCUUGGCACAAUCCGGAUCGUGGGGAUGUUUUGAUGAGUUCAAUAGAAUUGAAUUACCCGUAUUGUCAGUAGCAGCACAGCAAAUUUACAUUUUAUUAACUGCAAGGAAAGAAAGAAAACCGUCGUUUCUUUUCAGUGAUGGAGAUACAGUUACAAUGAAUAUUGAGUUUGGAAUAUUUUUAACAAUGAACCCCGGUUAUGCUGGUAGACAGGAACUACCAGAAAAUUUAAAGAUUAUGUUCCGGAGUGUUGCUAUGAUGGUACCUGACAGACAAAUUAUAAUUCGCGUUAAACUCGCUUCGUGCGGUUUUCGUGAUAACGUCACACUGUCAAGAAAGUUUUAUACAUUGUACGCCCUAUGUGAAGAGCAGUUGUCAAAACAGGUACAUUAUGAUUUUGGUCUUCGAAAUAUUUUGUCCGUUUUGAGAACUUUGGGCGCCCAAAAAAGAGCGCAUCCUGGAGACACCGAGGAGACAAUUGUCAUGAGAGUACUAAGGGAUAUGAAUUUGAGUAAAUUAGUGGACGAAGAUGAACCGCUAUUUCUGUCUUUAAUUGAAGACAUGUUCCCGGGAAUUAAGUUAUCGGUGUAUUCAUGGAAAGAUUUGCAAAAGGCAAUAUCCAAUCAAGUCGCAGAAAUGGGUCUCGUGAACCACCCAUCUUGGAAUCUAAAAGUGAUUCAGUUGUAUGAAACGUCUCUAGUGCGGCAUGGGCUGAUGGUUUUAGGUCCAACAGGGGCUGGUAAAACCAGAAACAUGCACACUUUAAUGAGGUCUAUGACUGAAACUGGCCUCCCACACAAAGAAAUGAGAAUGAAUCCAAAAGCCAUUACAGCUCCACAAAUGUUCGGAAGACUAGACGUGGCUACAAAUGACUGGACUGAUGGCAUUUUUUCCACGUUGUGGAGACGAACUUUAAAAAUAAAAAAGACGGACUACGUUUGGCUAGUCCUAGAUGGUCCUGUCGACGCAGUUUGGAUAGAAAAUUUGAACUCUGUCUUGGAUGACAAUAAAACACUCACUCUCGCUAACGGUGACAGAAUUGUCAUGGCAGCAAAUUCUAAAUUAGUGUUUGAACCUGACAAUGUAGAUAAUGCUAGUCCAGCGACUGUUUCUAGAAUGGGUAUGGUGUUUAUGAGUGCUUCGGCGCUGCCGUGGAGACCUAUAUUGGAGGCUUGGCUCAAAACUCGCCCUCAAGAAGCAGACCAUUUAAGAAACUUAUUCAAUAAGUGUUAUGAUGAUAUACUAAAUUUUGUUUUGGUAAAAUUAAAACCGAAAAUGUUUUUGAGAGAGGCUUUGUACAUUCGUCAAACAUACGACAUCCUUCAAGGACUUCUUAUAGGAGACGAAGGUGACGAACCGAGGACUUAUUCCGAUAGACACAUCGAAAGGUUUUUCGUUUUCUCGGUAAUGUGGUCUUUAGGGGCUGUUCUUGAACUAGACGACAGGGCUAAGUGGGAAGAAUAUGCUGUUAAGCUUCCAGGCCGUAUAGACUGGCCCAAAAUCAAGGAGGGAGAGUCAAUUUUCGAAUACUUCGUGGACGAAAACGGCAAAUGGCUGCAUUUGUCCGAACGAAUAGAAGAUUUCAUAUAUCCUCCUGAUGAAAUCAUUGAAUACACAAGCAUUUUGGUACCCAACGUAGAUAAUGUACGAACGGGAUUUCUAAUUCAUACAGUUGCAAAACAAGGAAAGGCAGUGUUAUUAAUUGGUGAACCAGGAACUGCGAAAACUGUUAUGAUUAAAGGAUACCUGAACUCAUUUGAUCCAGAAUUUAAACUCAGUAAAAGUUUCAACAUGUCAUAUGCUACAACUCCUAAUAUGGUGCAGAGAAUAAUUGAAUCUUAUGUUGACAAAAGAGUUGGCACAACGUAUGGUCCUCCAGCAGGAAAAGUUUUGACGGUGUUUAUUGAUGAUAUCAACAUGCCCGUUGUAAACGAUUGGGGUGAUCAAAUUACAAACGAAAUCGUUAGGCAACUGCAAGAAAAUGGAGGUUUCUAUAGCUUGGAUAAACCUGGAGACUUCUCCGCCAUAGUUGAUGUCUUGUUCUUGGCAGCUAUGAUUCACCCAGGUGGUGGAAGAAACGACAUUCCCCAUAGGCUCAAAAGGCAGUACUGCGUUUUCAAUUGCACUCUGCCUAGCAUCAAUUCCAUGGACGUGAUCUUCAGUCGCAUUGGCGUGGGAUAUUUUUGUAUUGAAAGAUUUAACGAAACCAUAGUGGAUUUUGUAGCUAAUCUAAUCCCUUUAACCCGACAAGUAUGGCAACAGACGAAAAACAAAAUGCUCCCUACGCCUGCCAAGUUUCAUUACGUCUUUAAUUUGAGAGAUCUGUCCAGAAUAUGGCAAGGAAUUUUGACAAUUCAUGGCGAAGAAUGUUCAACGAUUAAAACUCUUCUGAAAUUGUGGCAACAUGAAUGUAUGAGGGUCAUUUCUGAUAGAUUUACAUCGUAUGAAGACCGGGACUGGUUUACGAAGAAUUUAAGACGUGAGGCAAGAGACUUUUUAGGUGCAGACGUGUAUAAUCAGCACUUUUCUGAAGAUGAGACAUACUUUGUUGACUUCUUACGAGAAGCUCCCGAAGCAACAGGAGACGAGCCAGAAGAUUUCGACUUCUCUCCUCCUAAAGUAUACGAAGAAAUGCCUAGUUGGGAAUUUGUGAUUGAAAAGUUAAACUUAUUUAUGGAAGGUUACAAUGAGUAUGUAAGAGGAAGCCCAUUGGACAUGGUGUUCUUCCACGACUGUAUAGUCCAUUUGAUUAUAGUGUCUAGGAUAGUAAGAACUCCUAGAGGCAGCGCAUUACUAGUUGGAGUAGGAGGUUCCGGAAAGCAGAGUUUAACAAAACUUGCUUCCUUUAUAGCCAAUUACCGCAUUUACCAAAUAUUAUUGACAAGGUCUUAUAAUAUUAACAAUUUCAUGGAUGACAUGAAGGUUUUGUAUCGAACUGCUGGUCAGCAAGGUCAAGGGGUGUCAUUCAUAUUCACCGAUAACGAUAUUAAAGAUGAAAACUUUCUGGAAUUGCUAAAUAAUGUUCUCAGUUCAGGAGAAAUAGCAAACCUGUUUGCUAAAGACGAAUUAGAUGAAAUUCAAAAUGAAUUGAUAUCUGUCAUGAAAAAGGAAUACCCAAAACGACCACCAACAAAUGACAAUUUGUAUGAUUAUUUUAUCACCAGAUCUAGAUCCAAUCUGCAUUGUGUAUUGUGUUUUUCACCGGUGGGUGAGAAGUUUAGAAACAGAGCAAUGAAAUUCCCUGGUCUUAUUUCUGGAACAACAAUGGAUUGGUUCUUUAGAUGGCCAAAAGAUGCACUUGUGGCUGUGUCAAAUCAUUAUUUCAGGGAAUAUGAGAUGGAAUGUACCCCAGACGUUAAAAGGUCACUAAUAUACAUUGUUGGGGAAAUACAGGACAGUGUAGCAGACUUAUGCUCAAAUUAUUAUGACAGAUUCCGAAGACAGACGUAUGUGACUCCGAAAACUUUCCUAUCUUUCCUGGAAAGUUACAAAGACCUUUACAAAGCGAAACGGGAAGAAAUUCAGAUAAUGGCAAACCGGAUGAAGACCGGAUUAUCAAAACUAGUAGAAGCCGCUGCGAGCGUCGAUAUAUUGAAACAGGAAUUGGUGGUUAAGAACAAAGAAGUGGCUGCAGCUGCGGAACAGGCUGAAAAGGUACUGGUUUCUGUAAUGGAAGCUUCAACUAUAGCAAACAAAAUUAAAGAAGAGGCAACCAUAGUCAAAGACAAGGCCGAGGUUCUUGUCGCAAUUAUUAGUGUGGAUCAAAAAGUUGCUGAAGAAAAGCUACUAGCUGCCAAACCUGCUCUUGAUGCAGCAGAAGCAGCCCUACAGACUAUUAAAGCAUCCGAUAUAGCUACGGUGAGAAAAUUGGGAAAGCCACCGUACCUAAUCAUGUUAAUUAUGGAUGCUGUCAUCAUUUAUUUUAAAAAGCACAUAGAGCCUACCGUUCCCGAUCCAGAAAAGAAAUUUUUAAUGCCGUCCUGGAGUGAAUCCUUAAAGGUAAUGGCAGAUACCAGAUUCUUAGCAAAACUUCAAGAGUAUCCAAAAGACACUAUAAAUGCAGAAAUGAUUGACCUUCUUACCCCAUAUUUCUCGAAUCCAUUGUACACCUACGAGGCUGCGAAAACCGCUUGUGGUAACGUAGCAGGAUUAAUAUCAUGGACUAUUGCGAUGGCUUCAUUUUAUGAUGUCAACAGAGAAGUAUUGCCACUGAAGGCAAACUUAGCUAUCCAGCAAGCGAAGCUGGAAAGAGCUCAGACUGAAUUGCAUGAUGCCAUGGAAAUGUUGGAAAAGAAAGAAGAAGAAGUGAGACAGUGUCAAAUAGAAUAUGACACAGCCAUGGCAUUCAAACAGCAAGUAUUCGACGAGGCAAUGAAAGUACAAAAUAAAAUGGACCAAGCAACUGGUUUGAUAAACGGUCUGAGUGGUGAAAGGAUUCGAUGGACUGAUCAGUGUGCACAGUUCAAGGCCGAAACGGAAAGACUGGUGGGCGAUAUAUUAAUUUUGACGGGAUUUUUGGGAUAUUCCGGGCCGUUCAAUCAAGAAUUCCGAACUAUUCAGCUAAAAACGUGGAUGGGCGACAUCACCAAGAGAAAGAUUCCAGUAUCCGCAACUGUUAACAUUAUUGAUAGCUUGAUUGAUACAGCAACGAUAGGUGAGUGGAAUUUACAAGGUUUACCUUCGGACGACUUGUCCAUACAAAACGGUAUCAUCGCCACCAAAGCUUCAAGGUAUCCACUGCUUAUAGAUCCCCAGAAUCAAGGAAAAGCGUGGAUUAAGAAAAAAGAACAGGAGAAUGGUCUCGUUGUUACCACAUUAACUCAUAAGUAUUUCAGGAAUCAUAUUGAAGAUUCAGUCUCCUUUGGAAUGCCAGUAUUAAUUGAAGAUGUGUUGGAAGAAUUAGAUCCCAUGCUAGACAACGUACUGGAGAAAAAUCUUAUAAGGGUUGGUACCACAUACAAGGUUAAAGUAGGCGACAAAGAAGUGGACUUCCACAAGGACUUUCGAAUUUACAUUACGACCAAACUGGCAAAUCCAUCGUAUACGCCAGAAAUUUUCGCCAGAACAUCUGUCGUUGAUUUCACAGUUACAAUGAGAGGUCUCGAAGAUCAACUGCUCGGUAGAGUCAUUGUAACGGAGAAGAAAGAACUUGAAAUCGAACGUACGAAUUUGAUAAAGGAUGUGACAGCUAAUAAGAGAAAAAUGAUUGAGUUGGAGGCAAAUUUGCUUUAUAAAUUGACAACCACUCAAGGAUCUCUUGUUGAUGAUGAAACCGUUUUAGAAGUCUUGAAUACCACAAGAAGCACCGCACAAGAUGUUAAAGAGAAACUGGCGAUUGCAAGAGAUACAGAAAUUAAAAUUAACGCGGCUAGAGAAGAAUUCAGAUCGAUAGCAACUAGAGGAAGUGUUCUAUACUUUUUAGUUGUCAGUAUGUCGAUGGUAAAUUGCAUGUACCAGACAUCUUUGGUACAAUUUUUAGAAAGAUUCGAUAUAUCUCUAAUCAAUUCAGAAAAGUCGCCCAUCACUUCAAGGCGCUUGGUAAACGUUUGUGACUACCUGACAUACGAAAUAUUCAAAUAUAAAUGUCGAGGGCUCUACGAAGUACACAAAUACAUGUUUGUCUUACUUUUGGUACUAAGGGUGGACCUCCAAAGAGGAUACAUAACGUAUGACGAAUUUCAGUACUUCAUAAAAGGAGGAGCUGCUCUGGAUUUAAACGCGUGUCCACCAAAACCAAGCAAAUGGAUAACGGACAUGGUAUGGCUAAACCUGGUAGAGUUAUCAAAACUGAGACACUACCAAUAUAUUCUGACACAGAUAGAAAACAACGAACGCGCUUGGAAAGUUUGGUUUGAUAAAGAGGCUCCCGAGGAAGCCGUUAUUCCCGACGGAUACUCAAAUUUGGACGCGUUUAGAAAACUAUUAUUGAUCAGAGCUUGGUGUCCCGACCGAUCUAUAACACAAAGCAGAAAAUACAUAGCCCAGUCAAUGGGUCAAAAGUUCGCAGAUCCAGUAAUUCUCAAUAUGGAAACAAUGUUGUUUGAGAGUAGACCAUUGACUCCUAUAAUCUGCUUCCUGAGCAUUGGGUCUGAUCCCACGCCAUUUAUUGAACAGUUAGCGAAAAAAAUGGAAAACAAGAGUAAAAGUAUUUCCAUGGGCCAAGGCCAGGAAGUACACGCGAGAAAGUUGAUGGCGUCCGCGAUGGCUGAGGGAUAUUGGUCAUUACUCCAAAACUGCCAUUUGAGUUUGGAUUACAUGAACGAAGUGAUGGUAAUGUUCAUGGAAUUGGAAAAGGGCGUCGGGGCUGUUCAUCCUGACUUUAGAUUUUGGAUAACAACCGAAGUUCACCCUAAAUUUCCCAUAGGACUUUUGCAGAUAUGCAUCAAAUUUACUGUGGAGCCCCCUGCAGGUAUUAGAGCAGGAUUAAUGAGAACCUACACAUCCAUGAGUCAAGAUAUGCUGGAUUACACUGAUGCUUGGCAGUACCUUCCCCUUAUCUAUGCUAUUUCAUUUAUGCAUACGGUAGUACAAGAGAGACGAAAAUUUGGACCGUUAGGUUGGAAUAUACCCUAUGAAUUCAACUCAGCCGAUUGGCUCGCCAGUUGUAUGUUUGUACAAAACCAUUUAGAAGAUAUAGAUCCCAAGAAAGGAGUUAGCUGGGUCACAUUAAGAUACAUGCUUGGCGAGGUCCAAUAUGGUGGUCGUGUCACUGACGACUUUGAUAAACGUUUGCUGAACACCUUUACAAAAGUCUGGUUCCACGAUAAUAUGUUUCUGGAUGAGUUUAACUUCUAUAAAGGAUACAAAAUUCUAAAGUUUAAAAAUAUCUCGGAAUAUUUGGCAGCUUUUGAAAUCAUGAGCGCCACCGAUCCUCCACAAGCAUACGGAUUGCAUCCCAAUGCUGAUAUAUCGUACAUGACCACAACUGCCAAUACCAUGUUUUCAACCAUGUUGUCCAUACAGCCGAAGGAGUCUUCAGGUGGUGGUGGAGAGACGCGCGAAGGUUUAGUUGUCAGAUUAACCAAAGAUAUGUUAAGUAAAUUACCACCAAAUUACGAUAUGUAUGAAGUUAAAGAUCGAUUGAGGGCGAUGGGAAUACUAAAUCCUCUAAAUAUUUUCCUGAAACAGGAGAUUGAUCGGAUGCAAAAAGUGAUUGGUCUUGUGAGAGCCACUCUACGAGAUCUUUUGCUUGCCAUUGAAGGAACAAUAAUAAUGAGCGAGGGAUUAAGAGAUGCCCUGGAUAAUAUAUACGACGCUCAGAUACCCGCUGUCUGGAGAAGGGACUCGUGGGUAUCAAGUACGUUAGGGUUUUGGUAUACGGAACUAUUGGAGAGAAACAUUCAAUUCAGAACAUGGUGUUUUGGAGGAAGGCCCAAUAGUUUUUGGAUGACAGGAUUUUUCAACCCUCAAGGUUUUCUGACGGCUAUGAGACAAGAAGUGGCCAGGGCUCACAAGGGGUGGGCUUUGGAUCAAGUGACCCUACACGACGAUGUAUUAAAACAGUUUAGGGAAGAAAUUAAAGUUCCACCAGUGGAAGGCGUAUACGUUUAUGGGUUAUUUUUGGAUGGUGCAGGAUGGGAUAAGAAAAACAUUCGCCUAACAGAGUCGCCAUUGAAAGUUUUAUUCACCAUGAUACCUGUGAUACACAUCUAUGCCAUUUAUUCAACCGAUCCUAAAGAUCCCAAGCUUUAUGCGAGUCCUGUUUACAAGAAACCAAGGAGAACGGGUUUAAAUUAUAUUACAACUUUAUGGCUUCAAACAAUAAAACCACCGGAACAUUGGAUUUUAAGGGGCGUAGCACUGUUGUGUGACACCAAAUAAUUUU